AUGGACGACGACGAGUUUUUGCAGCAGGACUUUUCGCUUGACGAGUACUUGAGUAAAAUACUUGCGGAUUCGUCUGGGGAGUGUUCUCGGCUAAAAGACCGGCACGUGCGAAUGCUUUCAAAACAUUCGGAGGCGCUUUCUGGAGAUAUGCUAGACAAGAAAGAGACUGUGAAAAACGGGCUGCACAUGCUUGCCGCGCUUAUUGAAGAGGCCAAGCGAAUUUCAAAAGAGCUUCCAGACCUGUUUCUUCCCUUGGCGGAGUCCUCCGGGGAGGCCCCAAACAGCAAGCAGCACAAAGAGCUGGAGCACGAGGUGGAGAAAAUACACGGAGACGCGUCAAUUGCAGAGGGGCGCGUUUUGAAGCAUAAGGAGCACGUGAGCUUGCGCAUAGACCGAGAGGAGCACACGGGCGUUAUUUUGGUGUGCGAAGACAUAAUCAUUCUGGGAAUAGACACCAAAGACGGGAUGGAGCUGUACAACGCAUUUCUGAUCCGAGAGCUGACGUGCAGCAUGGAGAAAGACUAUCUGGUCAUAUCGCUUCCCCCAAUUCGCAUUGAAGUGACGCGGGCAGACAGUACACUGAAGCACUUGAGAAACAAAAUACUUGGGAGCGGGGCGGAAAGCGCGAAAACCCGAGAAACUGUGGUGCAGAAAGCAGAUGGGUACACAGAAGAAAUAGACCAGGCAAUGUAUGCAGAGUAUCUCCUGAGGAUUGGAAGGGUCCACAGCAUCGAAGACCCGUCCUCGCCCGAGAUAGUGCAGGGAAUCAAGUCCCUGUACAGCGUGAGCCAGUGGAAGGGGGCGAGCUCUCUGCUGCAGCUGCUCAAGAAGCAGGACCUUUUGGAGGCGGUGAAGCUCUACUGCGGGAUAGAGGGCGAGAAGCUGAUGAAGGCCGUCACAGGGAUUGUGCACCAGAGAGAGAAUAUAAAGGAAAUAGUCAAAAAAGUAGGGAUAGUUUUGGUGCACUACAUAAAUGGCCUGGAAAAGGCCUUUCCAGAGACAGCUUCGCAGGGGUACAUAUCCUUGCACUUGGAGGAGGUGCACACAAAGACAGCCGAGCUGGUGUACAGGUCGUACUACAUAUCAGAGUCCAUGCAGGAGCAGCCAGACACAACAAGCACCGCGCUUACAGAGCAGCUUGUGCAGGCGUUUACAUACAAAGAGUAUUCUUUUGGAUACACAACAAAAGUAGAGGCGGAGAUAAAGAAGGAGCACCUCAAAAGCAGAUACACGUUCAACAAGCAAGUGAUGCAGUGCGUGUUCAAAUCCCUGGAAUACAGCUAG